CAGCCUUGCUCCCAGACAGCUCUGCUUGCUUGGAGGGACUCGAUAGCAGAGAUGAACAUGCUCGUGGCCGUAGCCUUCACAGCGCUGGCGGUGCUGUCCGCCCUGCAGCACGCCGACGCCUCCGCCUACGACAAGAUAGUGUACCACAGCCGUGUCCGGGCCAGGCUGCAGGGGCCCAACGUGUGCGCUAUGCAGCAGGUCGAGGGCACCAAGAAGAAGUACUUCAGUACCUGUCGUAACUGGUACCGUAAGACCAUCUGUGGCAAGAAGGCAGAUGUGGUCUACGAAUGCUGCCCUGGGUACAUGAAGAUGGACGGGCUGCGAGGCUGUCCUGCAGUGGCUCCCAUCGAGAACGUGUACGGCACCCUGGGCACCAUCAAAGCCACGUCCACCCAGAGCUACUCCGACAGCGCCAAGCUCCGGGCGGAGAUCGAGGGCUCCGGCUCCUUCACCUUCUUCGCUCCCAGCAACGACGCCUGGGACGCGCUGGACGAGGAAAUGAAGAGCGCGCUGGUCAGCAACGUGAACAUCGAGCUGUACAACGCCCUCCACUACCACAUGGCCAACAAGCGCUUCCUCACCAAGGACCUGAAGAACGGCAUGGUGGUCACCUCCAUGUACAACGACCUGGGACUCCACAUCAACCACUACUCCAACGGGGUUGUGACGGUGAACUGCGCCAGGAUCAUCCACGGGAACCAGGUGGCCACCAACGGCGUGGUGCACGUGGUGGACCGCGUGGUCAGCUCCGUGGGGAACAGCAUCGCAGAGGUCCUGGACGUGGACGACGACCUCACGACGCUCACCAACAUGGCUCGUGACGCUGGUCUGAUGGAGAAACUUGGAGAGCCCGGCCAGUACACCAUCUUCGCUCCCACCAAUGAGGCCUUCGAUAAACUGGGAAGCGACGUCCUGGAGAGGAUUAUGAGCGACAAGGAUGUCCUGAAAGCGCUGCUGAACUUCCACCUCCUCAACACGGUCCAGUGCUCCGAGGGCAUCAUGCUGGGGACCUCCUACGAGACGUUGGAGGGCAACAGCAUCGAGGUUGGCUGCGAUGGCGACAGCCUCACGGUCAACGGCAUCAAGAUGGUGAUGAAGAAGGACAUCGUCACCACCAACGGGGUCAUCCACCUCAUCGACCAGGUCCUCAUGCCCGACUCAGCUAAGGAGGUGAUGGAGCUGUUGGGACCGUCCCAGUCCACCUUCGGCGACCUGGUGGGAGAGCUGGGUCUGUCUGAAGCCUUGAGAGCAGAGUCUGCGUACACCUUGUUGGCCCCAUUCAACGCUGCCUUUACUGACGAGGUAAUGGACAUCGACCAAAGCGAACUGAAGAUCAUUCUGGAGAACCACGUCCUGAAGAGCAAGGUGCUCCUGGGCCAGCUGUACAACGGUCAGCUCCUGGAGACCAUCGCAGGGAAGUUCCUGAGGGUCUUUGUUUACCGCACGGCGGUGUGCAUUGAGAACUCGUGUCUGGUGCGCGGCAGCAAGGAGGGAAGCAACGGGGCCAUUCAUCAGAUGAGGAUCUUGAUGAAGCCGGCAGAGAAGGACAUGUAUGAGAUCCUGAUGGAGCAUGGGGGAUACAAGAUCUUCCUUUCGCUGGUGGAAUCCGCCGGGCUCACGGACAUGCUGCGGCAGGAUGGAGACUUCACACUGUUCGCCCCCAGCGAUAAGGCUUUCCGGGGCGUCAGCCAGUCAGACCUGGCCAUCCUCACGGGUGACCUGAACGCCCUGAGGACCAUCCUCCUCUACCACUUCAACAACGGAGUCUUCAUCGGCGGGGGAUUGGAGGGGGGGGUUACCAACUUGCUCAAGUCUCUCCAGGGAAGCAACCUGAGAGUGCUGUUUGCGAACAACUCCAUGCAAGUCAACACCGUUAAGGUGCCAGAGUCCGACGUCAUGGCAACCAACGGGGUCGUCCAUUUCAUUGACAGCAUUUUGUAUCCUGCAGACAUCCCCGUCGGGAGCCAAGACCUGAUGGGACUGCUGCAGAGGAUGAUCAGCUACUUCCAGAUCAAGUACAUCCGUGGAUUCAGAUAUCAGGAAAUCCCCCUCACCUUCAUGAGGAAGGUCACUCGAGUCAUCGAGAGAGACCCUGCUGUUAAAAAGUUCACCAGGGUCAUCCAAGGAGAGACUAGGGUGAUCACGGAGGUUCAGCCCUCCAUCAAAAAGGUUACCAGAGUGAUCGACGGUCAGCCGGUCGUCAAAAAGGUUACCAGAGUCAUCGAAAGGGACCCAGUCGUAACCACCGUUACCAGAUUGGUCACAGGUCCUGAGUCUGCCAUCAGCCGGGGAACCUCCAACAUAGAUAUCGAUUUCGCAGGAGUUGACCUCAGUGAACUACCAGUCGGGGCCGGCUUCCACACCGAGAGGAUCAAUGUCCACGGGGAUCGCAGAAGGGUCUCUAACUCCCGCAGAGUCCCAGGGGUCCCUAGACGGAGGGAGUGAUCUGGGCCAAAGGGAUGAGAGACUGCAGCAGAAGGUAACAAUCCAGGGAUGAACCCCAACAGAGAAGGAGGUGCAGAAGAAAGAAGAAGAAGAGGAGAGCUCUACUCUGACGUGACAAAUGUCUGCGGGCAUAUGGAGCAACAACAACAAAAAACCAAGCCAGUUUGUUAGAUAAUUCUAUGGCGCUAUUUGAUGUGAUAAAGGGAUGUGGGAGUGGGGGCUUGGGCGAGGGGCCGUGGAAUUGGCCGGCUUGAACAACAGUGGAACCCGCUCAGUUGCCUCUCAAUGAAAACAUUGGCAGUAUUAUAGAAGAAAAGUUGGAGACGCUGUAAAACGGCUCAAAGUCAACACUAUUAAAAAUCCUAUAAAUAAAGAAAUCCUAUUUUGAUUCAGAAAACAAUGUUUUGCUGGUGCUGUGGUUGCUGAUGACUUAAGCAGGGGAUAGAUGAGGUUGUAAUUAAUCCCUGGAAAUCUACAGGAAUUCCCAGUUAAUUUCUGUUUAUGUGUUUUCUAACACUUUCAAUAAAUCAUAUUCUUGGACAUAUGUGCACAUUUUGCCAUAGUGACCUUGUAAGGUAUUAAGAUCAUUGAAAAAUAUUGGUCCGUAAUGACUCCUUACGAUUGUUAUAGUACAGCCUAGAACGUGGUUUAAUUUCAUUGGUGCUUCCCAUCAAAAUAAUUGAUUCCCAACUCACAACAUAAACAUGUAUCUUGAUGGUUUGUGUGCUGGUUUGGUUUAAUAAAGCUUUGAUAAAGCUCUUA